AUGUCUGAGUCUAGAAAUUAUGAGUUAUAUCGUCAGAGUACGCUAGGACAAUCAUUGAAUGAUACCUUGGAAGAGCUGGUUCUAGCGCAUCAUAUAUCCGCGGAGAUGCAGAUGAAGAUAUUUAUUCAGUUUGAUGAGGCUAUCAGUCAAGGUCUGACCAACAAGAUCAAAAGCAAGUGCAAUUUCAAGGGGAUGCUCCACACCUACAACUACUGUGAUUUUGUAUGGUCCUUCAUCCUGAGCAAUACCACAUUCAAGACAGAUAAUAUCGAGGAGGUGGCUGAUACUGUCAAGAUUGUUGCCUGUGAUGCGAAGAGUAUGUAA